CUUCACUCCCACGCGCCGCUCCAUCUCUUAAAGGGACCGCACUACAACACACCGAUCAGCCACGACAUUAAAUUAAAGUCAGUCUCAUUAGGUAUAAUGUUGCCGAUAUCGGUCAGUAUACAGACCAUAUUCAUUUAUCCAAUUGUUGAAUAGGGAUUUAUUCGUAAAUGAUACUACAUCCAUAGUGGGAUGUUAAGGGGACUACAAUUACGCCUGUAUAGAAUUUUCCCAUCUAGUAAAACCUGUUAAUGAAACGUAAUGUAACAAUGUAAUUUAACGAGUUUUUAGGGUAAAAAUCGGAGGUUAAAUCUCCGACACUAUCAUAAACAUUACACCAGUGUCCACUUGGUGGCAGAAAGCUUGUUUGCCAUCGCCAACCACCAUCCACGAAGAAGACGACGGGGCGGAAGUGUAACGGAAAACAUGGCGGCGCCUAUGCUGCAGGCAUUGAGUAAGAAUAGGGCAAAUUUUAUACAGUCAUAGAAACACAGCCAGUGUCAGCACCGACAGCGUGGACACAGGGUGUGUUGAGCUGAAGAGACGGUUCUCGUCAGUAUGUGGACGAACAGCAGGACAGCAGGAGCUUCUCUGAGAAUCCUGAACCACCUCCAGCGGUGCUGUGGACACACCGGGUGGAGGAGGGGGACUGAUGGCCGGCAUCGCUGGCUCUGUAGACAUAUGUCAUCAACAGGACCCCCUUGGAGGCUCCUGUUCUUUGGCUCUGACCAGUUUGCUGUGGAAUCUCUGAAACAUCUCACAUCCAGCUGGACCUCCAGAGAAGGGAUAGUGGAGUCCCUUGAAGUUGUUACUGUUUCGGGUAAUGUCCCAGUGAAGAAGUUUGCUCAACAGAACCAGCUUCCCCUGCACACCUGGCCCCCUGACAAUGUAGAUGGACGGUUUGAUGUUGGCGUGGUGGUGUCGUUUGGCUGUUUACUCCACAAGACGCUGAUCAACAAGUUCCCACACGGGAUUCUAAAUGUUCAUCCCAGCCUGCUGCCGAGGUGGCGAGGUUCAGCACCCAUCGUACACACCAUCCUGCACGGCGACACUGUGACAGGAGUCACCAUCAUGCAGAUACGUCCUCAUAGGUUUGAUGUGGGUCCCAUUGUAAACCAGGAACUCCAUCAGGUACCUGAGAAUUGUACAACUGAUGAUCUUGGAGCUGCCCUUGCCACAAAGGGAGCGCAUCUGCUAAUUGACACUUUGGCCACACUGUCGGAGAGACUUGCACAUAAAAGGAACCAAAGCCGGACGGGAGAAACAUUUGCCCCAAAGAUCAGUACGUCCAUGAGCUGGAUAGUGUGGGAGGAACAGACUUGUGACAGCAUCGAUCGUCUGUAUCGCGCCAUUGGAUCCCGGGUAAUGAUGACUGAUAUACCUUUGAGGACCAUGUGGAUGGGGGAGACAAUAAAACUCCUGGAUUUUGUAGGAAGAUGUCACAUUACAUUAUCAGAUCAGAGGAGGAGACCGGCCCCUGGGUCAGUCAGCUUUCAGAAGGAGUCCAAUACUCUGGCUGUCUGCUGUAAGGAUGGCUGGGUCGGAUUCAAGAUGGUACUCUUGAAGAAAAGGCUGACAGCAGCAGACUUCUAUAAUGGCUACCUGCAUCAGGCAGCUGAAAGACUGUUUGUCAGUAAAAAAAAAGUGGAACUGAAGCACGACAGAUAAGAGAGAACUGAACAUUGUGAUGUGACAAAUAUUUUCUUCCUCGAUGUGAACACUGUAGACAUGACGUCAUCUUAGUUGGUCUUGCUCUUGUCUGUUUUAAGACAAAGGAUUAUACAGGGCAUUUACUGUAUGUAUGCUGCAUACUCUGAAUAAAUGAAUGUGCUGUUUACUGAAAGAUA